AUGCAAAAAUUACACAGAAAACCAAAUGCAGCAGUCGAAUGUAAGAAGCCAUCAGACGUUGAUGAAGAAACACUGAUCUCAUACGACAAUGCUAUAUCUGUUGAUACACCAACUUCUAAGACGGAUCAUUUCAUUCCCACACAAGUUUCUACAACGGCUGACAAAGAAACAGUUCCCUCCAAUGAAAUUGCGGAAGAACUUCGCAAUUCACCGAGUGCCCCAAUAUCGAACCUGAUCGAAAGUAAUACCGAAGUGAUGCCUGUUAAAGUUGAAAAUAUUGUGGCAACAUCCUCGAACAAGACUGAAGAAAUGAAGAAUAAGCCUGUGAAGGUCCAGACGUGUGAUGUGAAAAAAAAUGGAGUCAAAUCAGAUGUUAAUGAACCUGUAAACGUAUGGGCGAAGAAAUCAUGGACGAGUCUCUUCAAGAAAGAGGAACCCACGACAAAUGGAGAGUUAGUGACUGAACGCAGUGAUGAGAAAUUUAAAUCGUUGGACACUGUUGAAAAAAGCAGAACUAUUGAUCCAGCCACUCACAGACUAGCAGAAUUUCUAUCGAACUUCGAAAUUGAUGGAAAAAGUGCUAAUCUACAACCAAGAGGCUUAAUCAAUAGGAUCAAUUAUUGCUACAUCAAUUCGAUUUUACAAGCCUUGUGCAAAUUCAUCAAUAAAUUCGAGAAGCUGCCCGAUUCCUACCUAAACCGUAUAUCGAAAAGGAACAAGAAGAAACAGGGGAGUUUCGACUUCUCCUGCGGCGACUCGAUCGAAGCCUCUUCGAUCUACACCAUCCUGAAUGAUACCAGAAGCGACUCGUUUCUUGUCGAGGGACGUCAAGAGGACGCUGAGGAAUUUUUGGGUCUACUGCUGAACGGACUGAAGGACGAAAUGAUGAAUAUAAUCGAAUCCUGCAAAACUGAGAACAAAAUAGAAAUGAAUCACGACUCCGAAGACUGGAAACAAAUGGGACCAAAGAACAAACGUAACAUCACGAGAAAGGUUCAAUUCGACAAAACUCCAAUCAGCGACAUAUUCGGCGGACUCUUGUGCUCAAAGAUCCACAAAACGGGAGAUGAAUCCACAGAAAACAUACAGCCGUUCCUGACUCUUCAGCUGAACAUCAGGACGGCCAAAACCAUCACGGAAGCCCUGGAACAGCUGACGAUAAAGAAUCAACUUGAAGGAAUAACUUCGGCCAAGACGAAUCAAAAGGUGGAAGCGUGGCAGCAGGUGCUGAUCGAGAAACUGCCGGCUGUUCUUGUCCUCCAUCUGCAAUGUUUCCGUUACAAUGGGAACGGUUGCACGAAGAUUAUGAAGAAUGUGGAGUUCCCCAUCGACCUCCAGGUUGAUUCCAAGAUCCUGUCGGGAAAACCUAGCAGUUCUUCAGAGAAACAGUACAAGCUUUUCGCUGUCGUUUACCAUGAAGGUAAAGAGGCCAGCAAGGGACACUAUGUGGCGGACGCGUUCCAUUCUGGACAUCAUACUUGGUUGAGGUUUGACGAUGCAAAAGUGAGGUCAGUGUCAGUGGAAAGUGUUUUGAAACCGCAUGGAGACAGAGUUCCUUAUCUUUUAUUUUAUAAAAGAGGUGAUAUAGUUUAA